CUGGCCUUUUUUGUUCCAGGAGAUUGGCAUGACAGUCCACUUCCAAGAGCUCACUGGCAUAUCACUGAAAGAGACUUUCCUCACCAAUGUUGAAAAAAAGGGAAAACGGCUUCUGGACUUAAUGAGAACCUUUUGUGCAGACAAGAGCAAAAGAGUUCUUCAGGCUGUCACAAAGCUGGAAAUUCUGAGAGGACCGUUAGAGGGCUGCUCAGAAGAUGUCAAGGAUAUGAUACUCCUUCUUCUCUCGUACUUUAAUGAAAAAGAGGAGAACCUCUUCCACUAUGUGGAACAAACAUGUCUGGCAAACGAAGUACAAGUGGAAAGCUUGCCUGUGACACCAUGCAUCAUUGUAUGUGGAACGUCUUGCUAUGCCUCAAGACAGUUUAUGCUAAGUGUAGAUGGCAAGGUCGUGAAUGACCACAUCCCCAACUUCAUCUCUGCCAUCUGUUUGAUGUUUGGAACCUACUACUGCCUCAAUAUCCAUUAUCCCGUGGAUCUGGGCUCCACACUUGAGUUCAUUCAGAGGUGUUUCUUCAUGAUCAAUCCGGAGAGGGGCACAAAAGUUGAAACAAAGAAGAACAAGAAACAGCUGUCGGUGAACCCAAGAGUCCUCACCCUCAUCGCAGAUCUCGCUGACCAGGAUUGGAGAGGGACAUGAACUGAACUGUUGUCUGACCGCACAGCGCCAGCUGUAUAAACUGGUAUGAAACAGUAUACACAAGGGCUGCAAAUGAUCAUAAUUUUCAGUAUUCUUUCUUUUCGGUCAACUUAAGGGUCCUUACCCUCAUCGCAGAUCUCGCUGACCAGGAUUGGAGAGGGACAUGUUAAAGACGGACCUAUCCAACUGAACUGUUGUCUGACCGCACAGCGCCAGCUGUAUAAACUGGUAUGAAACGGUAUACACAAUAAUAAUAAUUUUCUGUAUUCUUUCUUUUCGGUCGACUUAAGGGUUAAAAUAAGCGAUUUUGUUAAAUUUAUGUAAACUGGCUCAUUGUGCAUUUUCUGUUGAAUUACUAAUGCCUUUUGAUUACACGAGCAAUAAGCAGCAAUUUUGUGUAUUUUUUGUUAAAGGCUGUACUUUCAGUAAGUCAAACAAUAAGAAGUUAUUACUUGAACACUAAGAUCAAGGCAACAGCUAUUUUGUUGCCAUUUUUGUUGGA